GCCACAACGUCACAAUUUCUCUGCAGUCAAGGACCGGCCACACACACAUGCCUUCGGUGGUUGGCGUCCUGGUCUUCACCCAGUUCUGGUUUUGGUUUCCUCUGUCCCACUUUUUGUCCUUGGCGUUCACUCCGACUUGCGUCAUUGGCCUGAACAAGGACCUCAAGAUGCCAAAAGUGCAGUACCGCUCCAACGUGAAGCCUUCCACCUUCGCCUACCCAGCCCCCUUGGAAGUGCCAAAGGAAAAGGAGAAGGAGAAGGUUUCCACCGCCGUGUUGUCCAUCACUGCAAAAGCCAAGAAAAAGGAGAAGGAGAAAGAGAAAGAGAAGAAAGAAGAGGAGAAAAUGGAAGUGGUGAGUCGAGUCGUCUGGGUGGGUUUGGAAUCGGGAGGAAGCGGCUCUUGAUUUCUCCACGUCGGG